GUGUGAGGCCGGCUGAGGGCACUUGCUCUUGCUGUUUCUGCCCCUGGGUGAGUAGCUGGUUCCCGUGGGGCCUCAUGGGAUGGUUGUCGUAUCCUUCUGAGGUCCUUUAAGGACCGUCUCGGACCUGGGAACCCCCGGAGGAAAGGUCAUCCCGGUCUUCUCCCACGCCCUUCCUCAGUGCCGCCCCCAAGCGCCCCGCAGCCCUUAGUAUCUAGAGGAUUAACCUCCAAGGGCGUCCCGGGCCUCGCCUUGGCGUCCGGCCCGGCCUGGGCCCUUAGGGUCUGCUUAGCUCUUCCCCAAGACUCGUGCCAUUCCCGAGGGAAUCUUUGUCGGCAUCCUGGUCACUGUGGGGGUUUGAGGUCGUCCCGGAAGACUUCAGAACCAGGCGAACCUAGACGAAGGCGGCUGGAAUGAACCAGGUUAACAUUCAAGAUGGUACAUGCUGAAGCCUUUUCUCGUCCUUUGAGUCGGAAUGAAGUUGUUGGUUUAAUUUUCCGUUUGACAAUAUUUGGUGCAGUGACAUACUUUACUAUCAAAUGGAUGGUAGAUGCAAUUGAUCCAACCAGAAAGCAAAAAGUAGAAGCUCAGAAACAGGCAGAAAAACUAAUGAAGCAAAUUGGAGUGAAAAAUGUGAAGCUCUCAGAAUAUGAAAUGAGUAUUGCUGCUCAUCUUGUAGACCCUCUUAAUAUGCAUGUUACUUGGAGUGAUAUAGCAGGUUUAGAUGAUGUCAUUACGGAUCUGAAAGACACAGUCAUCUUACCUAUCAAAAAGAAACAUUUGUUUGAGAAUUCCAGGCUUCUGCAGCCUCCAAAAGGUGUUCUUCUCUAUGGGCCUCCAGGCUGUGGUAAAACGUUGAUUGCCAAGGCCACAGCCAAAGAAGCAGGCUGUCGAUUUAUUAACCUUCAGCCUUCGACACUGACCGAUAAGUGGUAUGGAGAAUCUCAGAAAUUGGCUGCUGCUGUCUUCUCCCUUGCCAUAAAGCUACAACCAUCCAUCAUCUUUAUAGAUGAAAUAGACUCCUUUCUACGAAACCGUUCAAGUUCUGACCAUGAAGCUACAGCCAUGAUGAAAGCUCAGUUUAUGAGUCUCUGGGAUGGAUUGGAUACUGAUCACAGCUGCCAGGUCAUAGUAAUGGGAGCUACCAAUCGUCCUCAGGACCUUGACUCGGCUAUAAUGAGAAGAAUGCCUACAAGAUUUCAUAUCAACCAGCCUGCUUUAAAACAGAGAGAAGCAAUCCUGAAACUCAUCUUGAAAAAUGAAAAUGAUUCCACUGUAUGGACAUUCUGGAAUUUAGUGAAUCAAUGCCACAUUGAAGGACAUUUGGAUUGAUUCUGGUCUUUCACUAUUAUAAAAAUUCUACAUUUAAUAACCUUGUGUGUAUGUCAUUUCAUACUUAUACAGGAAUAUUAGUAAAGUAAAUUAUCCAGGAGCGGAAUUGCUAGAUCAAAGGUUAGAGUGUUUAUAAUUUUGGUAGCUAUUGCCACAUUGUUACGGUUUACUCAUAUUCCUGUGAUAAAGAGUGCCUCUUUUCCUAUAGUCUUGCCAACAGAAUGUUAUGGAACUUCAUGCCAACAUGAUAGAUAGAAAAUGGUUAUCUCUCUGUUUUUUUGUUUUUGUUUUUUUUCUUUUUUGUGACAUGGUCUCUCUCUGUUGCCUAGCCUGAAGUGCAGUGGUGUGAUCAGGGCUCACUGCAGCCUUAAACUCCUGGGCCCAAGUAAUCUUCCCACCUCACCCUCCCAAGCAGAUUACAGGCAUGUACCAGCAAGCCUGGCUAAUUCUGUUUAUUUAUUUAUUUAUUUAUUUUGUUGAGAUGGUAUCUUGCUGUGUUGCCCAGGCUGGUGUUGAACUCCUGGGUUCAAGCAAUCCCCCCGCCUUGGCCUCCCAAGGCUGGAAUUAUAGGCAUGAACCACCACAGCUGGUCAAAAAUGGUUAUCUCAUUAAAGUUUUAAUUUGCAUUCUUUAGGGAUAGAAUGAAUAUUGUAUGUUUAAGAAGCAUUUGAAUUUUUUUCUGUGAACUGUAUAUUCAUAUAUUUUGCCCAUUUUUCUAUUGCAGUGCUCCUUUUCAUAAUAAAUCUGUAGGAAUUCUUUGUAUUAUGGAGAUUUGCCCUUUGUAUGAUUUGAAAAUAUUUUUUUCCAAGUUGUCUUCCGAUUUUAUUGGAGUUUUCUUCCCCCCCACCCACCCCCCCUACGGCUUCUGGAUUUUGAAUAUAAAUUUAAAGGCCUUUCCUACUCCCAAGUUUAUAAAGUAAUUUUCCACACUUUCCAAACUCUUGCUGCCUGUUUUCCCAAAACUCGAUAACUGCAUAUAAUUGAAUAACGUGGUAUUCCUCUUUAUCCCAAACUUGAUAUCUAAACUCACUGUUAGAACUCACUGUAUAAACUAAUAAAUCAAAUAGAUUCUGAUAGUGAAUGAACCUUAGUAGAGAUGCUACUUUUAUCAAAAUACUUGUAUUUUUAUGGCUUCCCUCCUUCCUUGAACUACCAGAAACCCCAUGGCUAAUUCUUCUCCAGCCAUGCCCUACUUCCACACUUCCUAUUUUUUCCCAUUAUAUCUCACCCAUAAAUGUUUUAGUUGUAUCUCUAAAAGAAAAGGAUUCUUUUUUUUUAACCUAGCCUCAUUGCCAUGUUAUACCUAUUAAAUAAUUGACAGUAAGUCAUUAUUUUCAUUAUCUAGUCUAUGUACAAGUCUCUGAUUAUUGUUUUCUAAAUGCCUUUUUUUAAACCAUGUAUUUGACUCAAGAUCGUAUGAAUUUCCUAAUUUGCAAUUCUUUGAUACUUUUUAUGUCUCUUUUAAUUUAUAGGUUAUAGGUUCUUCCCUUAUCUUGCUUCCCCCCCACACACCCAAGCUUUUAAAAUUAUUUACUGGAGAAACUAGAUUGGGUUUGUCCUAAGUUGUCCACAGUCUGGGUUUUGCCGAUUGCAGAGGAGUAGUUGUUGCUCUAAUAUUGGUAGUUGGAUCAAGAGACUGGAUGAGGUUCAGGGUGGUGGGGAGGAGACACAGGACAGGACAGCACAGCUUCAUAAGUAGAAUUAUGUUCUUCCAUCAGGAGAAACAUAAUAUCUCAGUGGCUUGUACGUUUUACAUUUAAAUCUUUAUCAUAUUUGGAAUUUAGAUAGAUGAUAUGCAGUAUGAAUCCAACUUUGGUUUUGUUUUUCUAGAUGGAUACCUAGUUGUCCAACACCUUUUUUUUGUUUGUUUGUUUGUUUGUUUUUUGUGACGGAGUCUUGCUUUGUCACCCAGGCUGGAGUACAGUGGCGUGAUCUCUGCUUACUGCAACCUCUGCCUUCCAGGUUCAAGUGAUUCUUGUGCCUCAGCUUCCCGAGUAGCUGGGAUUACAGGCACAUGCCACCAUGCCUGGCCAAUUUUUUGUAUUUUUUCAUAGAGACAGGGUUUCAUCAUAUUGUCCAGGCUGCUCUCGAAGUACUGAGCUCAAGUGAUCCACGUGCGUCUGUCUCCCAUAGCAGUGGGAUUUCAGGCGUGAGCCACUGCGCUCGGCCCAUUUUUUUUUUUAUAGCCACUACAGAUGCCACUUUUACCAAAUUCUCAUAUGUAUUGUCUCUGUUUCUGGACUUUAAAUUCAGGUCUUGGUCUUUCGUGUCUUUAUGCACUAGGAUUAAUACUGUUUUAAUUAUUGAGGCUUUGUAAGUUUUAAUAUCUGGUAGAACUAUAUGUCCCUUGUUGUCCCCGAACCCCAAGGUUAUUUUAAUUCUUUUUCUCUGCAUAAAUUUUAGAAUCAAUUUGUCUUACAUAGGAAAAAAAUUAGCAUUAAUAUUUUUGGUGGAUUCUCAUUUAAGAUAAUCUUUUUGAUGUUGAAUCUUUCUGCCCAAAGGCAUAUAUGUCUUUCUGGGUUGUUUACCUUUGUGUCUUUCAGUUGUGUCCUAAUGAUUUAUUUAUUUUUUAAAGAGAUCGGAUAUCUUAUCAAGCAGAUUUCCAUGGAACUUAC